AUGUCAAUCUGUAACAAUGUUGAUCAUUUUGCCAAAGGAUAUGUGAAUAAUGUGAGCACAUUUGCACAGCCCAUCAGGCAAUGUUUGACUGAUAGCCUUCUACACAAAUGGAAGCACAGCCAGUUUGGAUGGAUGCUUGCAGGGCAUGCAUGCUUCGGAGAAAAGGCCAAGGUGCUGCCAUGUGGCCACAGCUAUUGCUCUAUUUGUGUUGAUGACUUGGUCAAGGAAUACUCCCUGACAUGCCCCAAGUGCCGUGCCCGGUAUGCUGUCUCCGAUGCAUCUCAGUUCCCCUUUGCUUAUGACCUGGAGGAGGUGCUCAGCAAGAUGAGGAUGAUCCCAACAGUGACAACGACCGCUAAGACCCGACCAAAAUCAGGACGAGGAAUUAGUAGAAAGUUGAAUUCACUACGGGAGGAGCAAGAGAACACCAUACUCAACAGCACGUCUGACUGUGAGGAGACACUAUCCCAGCUCCAUGGAUACAAUAAUGACCUCGGAGAGUGGGUGGCAGACCAUGAGGAGCUCAUCAACAAACUCCUAUAUAUGAUAAACCUGCACAAGAAAGCUCAGCAGCUGUUAGAAAAAGAGCAGGACAGAGUGAUGGAGCUGCACCAGGCAGGUAAGCAGCAACAGCAGGUGCUUAGGAUGGCAGAGGACUCACUCGUUGCGGCCCGGACUGCAAAGGAGGUGGUCACUGCCAUCGACCGGGCCGACCGGUACCAUUUGGCAGCCGAGGAGUGGAUUCAGAAGUGCCAGAGCCUUUUCCCAGAUACUGAUACUGUUCACAUGUCCAUUAAGGUACGGGCAGCCACCAGAGAAGCCCUAGAGCUGAUGAUGCAGGAGGCGAAUCGGGAGCAGACGGGCAGUUCCAUCGUCCCCAAGGAGAUAAAGAUGCUAUCAUGCACAUCCCAGGCGCGUCAACCACGAAAAAGCAGUCAGCGGUAA